AAGCGUACCUUACGACAAAGAGCUCUAGAGCGGUAGCUCGCUUGACGGAGCGCUGCGAGUGGCUGGCUGGGCUAGCCUGGUGCUGAAUCGGGGAUGGGCUAGAAGUCGAUAGUCCGUUACGAUCCAGAGGAGUUAUGAGGAGGGGAGCGCCCGAACCAAUGACAGCACGGGCUAAAACCGACUUCGUGCGGCUGAGAUGCUCCCUGUCAACUUGCUGGGACAGGGCACACCGAUAGCAUACCUACUCCUCCCCUCGACUGUUCGAAUUAACGGAAUUGAUCUUGGCCGCUCAGUCACAGGCCUGAGCCGUGGCUUCGAGAUGUGAAAAAGUUGGCUUUAGGUACUAGGUAGGCACGAUUGCGGGUCUCGUACAUGCCUACAAGCUAUGCCUAGGCAGAUUACUAAACGAGGUUCCAUAUGAUUGAGGGCUUAACAGCGGCAUUGGGGACGGAGGGACAGGGGGGCUGCUUCAUACAAAUACGUGGUUGAGGCCCCCAAGAGGGCAUCGUUAGUCAUUUGCAAACUUUUUGACAACAACGUCAAGGUCGGGGACUGACCCAAUAGUUAUACACAAGGCAACGGUAGAAGAGAAACUUUGGUUAAAGGAAAGAUGGAGGCGACAACAGGCUCGACCAGAAAGGGCGAGGUGAUCAUCCCGACGCCAAAAGGGUUCAUCGCGCUAAGAGUGAUCCAAAUAAUUCUCGCCCUCGUCAUCGUGGCCAUGACUGGCUGGUGGAUUCACGGACUGUACUAUGAUGAGCUCGGCUUCGUCAUUGUCUGCGGCCUCUUCACCUGGGUGAUCGCAAUCUACGCCCUCCUCUCCGAAAAGGUGCUCUCCUGCCGGCGCGCCUACAACACCUGGGCCACCCUCGCCCUCGACCUGCUCAUGAUCAUCUUCUGGCUGGCCGCCAUGGCCGGCACCGCGAACCGCCGCAGUAAGUUCACCGUCGACGUCACGGCCUCCUGCACCAGCGACGGCAGCGCCAUCAACAGCGGCCAGUGCACCAUCCUCGGCAAGCGCGUCGUCGGCGUCGCGUCCGACAGCGCCCUCGGAAUCUUAAGCGGCAUCGCCGCCCUCUCCGCCUUCGAGAUGCUCCUCUUCGUGCCCACUUUCGCCUACGUCUGCCACUACUUCCGCCUCGCGAACUUCGGCUCCUCGGGCCCCGUCGACCCCGAGAAGUCCGGUGCCGCUAGUGCUGGCGGUGGUGUGGCGGGAGGCCCAGGCGCCACGGAGCUCCAGGCCGGCAUGCCGCAUUCGCAGCCGUUGCUGAACCAGCAGCCGGGCCAGCAGCAGUGGGCGCAGCAGCCGACGGGGUACCCGCAGCAGCAGCAGGUUGCCCCCGCUUAUGACCCGUACACGCAGCAGCAGCAGCAGCAGCAGAACACGGCGUAUACUGGCGCGUACCCGAGCCAGCAGCAACCGUACAGCCCGCAGGGCACGCCGGCGCCCGGACACCAGCCGUAUGCUGCGCCCCAGGACGCCGGAUACGCGUAUAGCCCGCAAGCUACGCCGGCGCCGGGCCAGCCUUACCAGCCGCCGUAUCAGCAUCCGCAAUAAGUAGUAGAUCCGGUUUUGUUGAGGAAACUGGUUCUGAGACUGGUUGAGCUUUUGCAAGCGACGUUGGCGCGGCGUUCUGGGUAUGGUUCUUGAUGAGGCUUGCUUGCUUGCAUGAAUGGAUGAAUGAGUGGACGGGUGAGUAGACGGACGGGAGUAAUGGGAAGGGGGUUCGGUUCGUAUGAAUGAAUGCAUAUGAGCAUGGGGGAUUUAAUGAC